AUGGGCUCUCCCCCAUUUGAGUUCCUCGUGGGGGUUGAAAGGACAGCAUUCCAUGUUCACUCCAGUCUUGCCAUCCAUCUGUCUCCAGUAUUUGCCGUCUUGAUCCAGGGACACAUGUUAGAAGCUAUCGAGAAACGGGCAGUCUUGGACGACAUCGAUGUUGAUACCUUUGUCCGCUUUUGCGAAUACGCUUACACGGGCGACUAUUCGGUCCCUCAACCGACGAUCUGCCAAGCUCCACAUCCUUCACCGUUAUUGCAGACGGAUACGCAGGAUUCCAACGACAACAGCAAAAGCAAUGCUGUCAGCCAAAAACCAGAGACCGAAAAGGCCCCCCCACCUGAUAGCAACCCCAGAUCAAAACAACUCAUCUCCCGCUCGAUCUCGUGGCUUACCGGGCGGAAUAAUAAAAAGAAACCGUGUACUCCGAGCUGCAAACUUCGCAACCCGGCCAGCGGAGUGAUCGCCAGCCUUCCUGAUCCAGACUCCAAAUUGGGUGUUACCUGGUCCAAGUUCCGGGCCUCUUCCACUGGUUGGAAUGGCCCAGUCUUCCAACCAUACAGGAACAUCCUCCCAUCGGAGAGUUUCACCGAGGUUCUCCUCUGUCAAGCGAGAUUGUACGUCUUUGGCGACAGAUAUGACAUCAAGCCACUCCGAUUAUUGAUCGUGUAUAAAAUCCGCCGGACGUUAUCAGUCCUCAAAAUAUUUCCCGAACGAGUGCCCGAGAUAUUCCAGCUCGUCGCGUAUGUCUAUGAGAACACCGUGGAAGGAGACGACCUGAGAAUGCUGGUUCUGCAAUAUACAGCUUGUAUGACGAUUGUCCUGAUGGCGGAUGCCGAUUGGGACGCGUUCAUAAGCGAGCAACCCACCUUUGCGAGGGAAUUAUUGGCAUAUUUGAGCAACCUUGAACAGAACUGA